CACUCUGACAGGCAAGAGGCACCUUGUUUCAUUCAUGGUCACCUACGGGCCAAGUCUUAUUCCAAGGCGCUCGACACGGAGGAGUCGCGCCAAUGUGAAAGGACACAGCCGAGGAGAUUUUCUUCUGUUCACUGUGCACUGUUCACCGUCCACUGGGCUUUUCUUCAGCUGCAGCCAGUGGUGACUCCAGCCCCGCUGCAGAUCUCUCCUGAGGGAGGGUUAUGCACUGAAACCUCGUCUCCUGAGGGCGACUUUGUGCCGCGGUUGGAGACGACAUGGCGUCAGUCGCGGCGGAGGAAGACGAUGGAGGCGUUCCGCUGGACAUCGACAACGUGCACAUGCUCCUGCAAGUGGAGCAUGAACAGAUUCAGAGAAGAACGUUCACCAACUGGAUAAAUGCUCAGCUCUCUAAGAGACGCCCUCCCUCCUGCGUGUCGGACCUCUUUUCCGACCUCAGAGACGGGUCCCGGCUGCUCGACCUGCUGGAGGUGAUGAGUGGCCAGACUCUGAAAAGACAAAGGGGCCAGGGGUUUUUCCAGCAGAGGGCGAACAUCGAGUCAGCGCUGGAUUUCCUCAGGAAAAAAAAUAUCAAACUGGUGAACAUAAACAUCCCAGAUAUCAUAGACGGACGACCCUCCAUCGUCCUGGGCCUUGUAUGGACCAUCAUUCUCCACUGUCACAUCGAGGAGCUGGCCAACGCUCUCUCGUUCAGCUCUCGCCAUUCGUCCCUCGACUCCCUGGCCAGCCUGGACUCCUGGUCCGGCAGCCCCGUCCCGGUAAGUCCGGUCCCGGCAGGCGGGACAUCGCCCCUGCACAGACGCUUCCGAGUGUCCGCCAAGAAGGCCCUGCUCAUGUGGGUCCGGGACCAAUGCCAAAAGGUCGGCAGCUCGGUCAGCGUGAAGGACUUCAAGUCGAGCUGGAGGAGUGGAGAGGCGUUCUUGGCCGUCCUGUGUUCUCUCAGGCCGCAGCUGGUCGAUCUCUCGCUGGUCCAGUCGAGGAGCCACCGGGAGAACCUGGAGGAGGCUUUUCACCUGGCGGAGCGGGAGCUGCACAUCCCCCGGCUGCUGGAGCCUCAGGAUGUUGAUGUGAAGGAUCCUGAUGAUAAGUCCAUUAUGACGUAUGUGGCCCAGUUCCUACAGUACUCCAACGACAUGCCGGCACCUGAUGACCACCUGCAGCUGUUUCCUCAGGAUCAGCCCUUCUGCUUCUCACCUGUGAAUGUUCCCGCUCACUCCGCUCCAGCAAUGUCCGCUUCGCGAUGGCGGCAGAUCCCUGCGGGUGAGCGGGCACAGGAGGUGACUUGCUGGCUGCAGCAGACCUGUCAGGAGCUGUCGGAAGCUCGGACGACUACAGGGAACUCGGGCUGCACGGAAAAACAUCAACUGCAGGGAUGUCGAGCGGACCUGGACCUGGGCCUUCCUCCUCCUCUGGACUCGGUGGUCGCGUGGCUGCAGCGUGCAGAGGCAGCGCUGACGGAGGAGGGAGGGCGGGUGAAAGAUCCUGCAGACGGCGCAAAAGAAGCCAGAGCCCAACAAGACACCCUGAAGACUCUAAUCAAGGAGAUGAGCCACCACGUCAAAAUCCUUGACGACUACCACGUCGCGGACGGCUCAGGGAACGCGGUAGUGUCCCCUGAGAAGUUUGAAGAGAUAAAAAGACGCGUGACCCAUAUCAGAGUCACGACCAAAUAUCACGGGAUCAAGCUGGAAUACCAGGAACGUCGUCACACAGUGCUGGACCUCCUGAACCGUGUCAGAGCUAAGAUCCAGACGUGGACGACUUCCUACAGGUCCAAGGAGGCGGUACUUGUGCUUCUGCAGGACUGGCAUGAAACAGUGGAGCGCCAAGACAUGCUGUUGAUUCUGAUGGACGCCGUCCAGAACCUGAAGGAGACGGCGGACGCUUACACCGGCAAGGCCGCACUGGGUGACGAUUCCCAGUUCGUUCGACGUCGGGUGAAAGAGGCAGAAGGUGAAGCCGAAUCCCUCUCGCGAGCCGUGGCGGCUGCGAGAGGGACGAUGGACAGAGUGGCGUCUGCGUGGGACACUUACGACCGGUGCCUCACCUCUCUGCAGACAUGGCUUGCACAGACGACACAGUCACAGGAUAUGAGUGAGUGGACCGAAUGUCAAGCGAAGCUAAAUGAGGCGGGGAACCUUCUCAUUGAAGUGACAGAAACUUCGACCGGCCGCCUUUUGGCCGGACAACUCGGCAAGGUCAACAAGCACUGGGCCGAAUGUGUGAAGAGGACCAAGUUUGAGAUUCCUGGUUCCCCCGGGUUUAAGGAGCGCGUGGGCGAACCAGCCCGUCGGACUCACACACAACCAGAGACGGGGCCGUUCGUUGUGGCCAGAGCCAAACACGCGCAGCAGACCGGGAAUGUCAAGCUGCAAGCCCAGGGCCCGGGUCAACUUUCGCCUCGGACUCCGUUAUCUCGUACGUCUCAGCGAGGUGCAAGAGAUCCACAGGGUUGGCCUCAACACCAGCGCACGAACGCACAAGAUGGAACAACCAUCGUCGUACCCCUCGUUAAAAUCCAAAUGCUGCCUCGGCCUUUGACGGAACCAGUUCUUCGUUUCCACUCUCCUCUUGCUCAAAGUGUGAACGAUAGAGAGUCCUUUUCUGGAUCCCAUGCUCAAGCUUUACGUCAAAGGGAUCAACCUUCACCUUCCUCCGCCCGAACUGAUGUCGGACCAACGGCUCGAAGAAGUCUGCCUCAGUCCAAACAUGUGACCAGUUCAGCAACGGAGGGAAACCAAAGCUCGCCGCCCUCACAGACCCGCGAACCCCAAUCCAGAACGAGAGCGCCGCCGAACCCUCCGCAGACGGACGGGACAUCUCCGCGGCCUCCGGUCAUGGUCCGCGGGGAAGUUCACUCGAGGGCCCGGUCGAUGGCGAGGAGCAGACUGGAGAAGGCCAGGGUCCGUCUGCAGGGACGCAUCCAGCAGGCCAUGGAGUUAUUUGGCGGCAAAGAGAUUUCAGAGUCACAAGCCAAGAAGAAACAGCGCGCUCUAAAAACCCUGCAGCCCGUCGCCCUCGGGGAGUUCCUGGACGCGGCGGAAGGUUUCGGGGCCUUCUGCUCGGGGCCCCAGCUCCGGGAGCUGACGCUCCUCUCGGACUCGGUCAGGAAGCAGUGGGAGGAUGUGUGCAGAGAAAUGGCUGCCUUUGUUCCCGACUUAUGGUCUUUGAUCGGAGGAGGAAAGCAGUCAUUCUCUGUCGUGCAAAGUGAAACGCAUACUAACGCUCACCGCCAUGAAGCCACUGACCCGACUGACCGUGACUGUUUGCUGCAACAACAGGACGUCGUGGGCGGAGCUGGAUCCGCGGAGGACCGGGUGGAAUCCCUCAGAGAGCUGUGUGAAACUCUGACACCGAGUCAGUCGUCCUGCCUGGCCACGGAGCGGCGGGAGGAGGCUGACCAAGCGCAGGAAACGCGACCCGGUGACACGGUGCUCCCGCAACGCAGGGGACGGCAGCUCGGGGCGAGCGCCCCGCUGAGAGCGACUGGCACGUCGUCCGCCGACGCACGGCCGAGCAGCAGUCUGCCGGAGAGACGAAGCUCGGACGUCCCACAACAAGACCUCUCACCUGCGGACGACUCCCUGCCACUGCGAUCUGCGUGGGACGUCCCGACGGAGAGAAAGGACUCGGUGCAAAAGCAAAAGCCUUCACUUCGAGCCAAAGAGCUGCUGCUGAAAGCUCGUCUCCUACACAUGGAAGAGAGCAAUGAGCAAACCCAAACUCAUAUACAGGCCGUCAUCAGGAGCAGCACUGUGGAGACCAAGCAGGCGGCAGAGUGGACCGUCAUCCCGGACGCAGUCCGCCCGCCGCCGCAGGAAGAGCAGCGCUCUGGACAGGAAGUGCCGGAACGGUGCAGAACGUCCUUCUUGGUAUUUCAGCCUCGACUCAAGAAGAUUGACCAACACUCGGAGAUGAAAGAUGAGAUGAGACCUGUUGGAGCGGAACAAAUGCAGAGGAGCGAGGUGUUCGUGCCCGUGGAGAAAUGUGCGACAAAGACUCGUGAUGGUUCACCGCGGCAGGUGGGAACACAGGAGCGAGAGCAUCGCCCCCCAAGUGCGGCGGAGGAGGAGUCGGGGCUGGAGGCUAAAAGGUGUAAGCUGGAUGGAGAGCACCAGGCUGGAACAUGGAAGAGUGAUGGGGACGCCGAGGACCAGAGGAGAGGAAGGAGGCAAGUCAAGAAAGAGGGAGAGGAGAAGGAGAAGGAGAGCUCGGUCCAGAGGAGAGCCGCCUUGCUCGGAGCGCUGAGGGAAAUAAGGGGAGCAGCCGAGCAGCUGAGGCUGCACGAGCUCACCCUGCCUGCUCUGCAGCAGAGGACAUGUGCCCUGACUGAGCUGCAAAGUCGUCACGCCGGCCUCCUCUCUGAGCUGCGGCGCGUACGGGACGCCUCUUCGUCGGGACACUGUGACGCGAGUCGGAGCGGCGAGGUGGAAGGUUCCUGGGCAGAGACGACGAAGGCCGUAAACGAGCGGCUGGAGCAGUGCUGUGUCCUGACUGAGCUGCUGAAGAGGUUUCAGUGCGUGCGUGCGGAGCUGAGUGGGACAUUGCAGAAAGCAGAAAGCACCAUCGGUGAACACGCCUCCUACAUGGGGAAAGAAAACCUGCACAAAUUAUAUGCUAAGGUCCAGGGAACGAAAGCUGAGCUGAACGGCCUCGGCGACGGCGUGGAGGAGGUCCGCGGCGUCUGCAGGCAGAUUCACACUCACCUGCGUCAGAUGCCGGAGUGCGACGUCGUCCCAUUUGAGAGCGAUGCUGACGCUCUGAUGGACAGCUGGCUGGAUAUCUCAGAGAGGACAGAUUCCCACCUGGAAAACUCGCGCCUCUGCCUGACUCUGUGGGACGGAGUCCUGCAGCUCGGAGCGCAGGUGGAGAAGUGGAGCGCCGAUGAACUCGCGGCGUUCGCUCGGUCGCCGCGCUUUCAGUCCGAGGACGACGUCAGGGCACUGCAGAAGGAGAUUGUGGCCCAGGAGGAGAAUGUGGAGUGUUUUCAACGGAGAGCCGCUGAGAUUCAAUCUCUGCUUCGAAGUGCAGAUCCCCCGCUGGAGCUGCAGGUGGCGGAGGCCCAGAUGAGGAAGACGCUGGAGCAGCUGAAGGAGCUUGUGUCCGAGGCUGAGGACGUCCGCGAGCAGACGGAGGCUGCCAGGGGACAAAUAGCUGCGCGGAUCGCCGGCUGCUUCGAGUGCCUCCAGAACGUUCAGGACUCCCUCGUCGCCCUCGGUGGAUCAGAUGUGGCAACGGUCCUCGCAAAACUUAAAGAUCUAUGUCGGCGACUCCAGGCCCAGGACGAGCGGGUGGAGAGCUUGCUGGACGACCUGCGCGCCCUGAGCUCCGUCUGCGGCCCGGACGCUCUACAGAGUCUGUCGGCGGAGGCGCUGCGGCUGCACGACGAGGUCGGGAACUCGCGCCGGCUCUUCUCCGAGGUGCAAGAACAGACUCAGCGGAACGCCCGGGAUCUCCACAGGUUGCAAAGGGAGAGUGAGCAUGUGGAGCAAUGGCUGCAAGCCGCUGAGGAAAAGGCAGCGAGGGCGGAGGAUCUUAGUCUCCUGUCAGAGGAAGCACUUAAUAUAAGGGCGAGGACAGAGCUCCUCGGUCAGCUCGUGUCGUCCUUGCGGCGCAGUAACCUUCAGCGGUCUGCGCUGGUGGACGACAGUCGCAGGCUGCUGGAGCGAUACCACCUCUUCCACGCCGACGCGCCGCGCGGCUCCGAGGAGAAGCGGUGCUCUGUGGGCGGGGACGUCGAGGCGUUUCGGCCUUCGUCGAGGUCCGCAGAAUCCUGGGUCGGCGACCUUGGGCGACCCGGCGACGCGCCGCUCGGCGGAAGCCCCCGCGGCCAGAGUCCUGUGGAGCAGACACUUCACCGUGCUCGAGCCGUGGUGAGUGCAGCGGCAGACGGAGAGGCUCGCCUGGAAAAGCUCAGAGUCGCUGGAAACGGUUUGAGCCACGGGCCGCGCGACGGAGGCGACCUGAAACGGGAAAUCCAGGACGGCGUACGGAAAAUGGAAGAGCGGCAGAGGAUCCUUCUGCAGUCAGAUGAGCCUCAUCACAGGGUUCUGCAGACUGAUGCGGAGAUCCCCUCCUCCUAUCUGGACAGGCCACAGGAGGUGCGCCACAGAGUGGGAGAGCUGCAGCGUCAAAUCACUGGGCUCCCCGCCUCGUUCCCCUGGCCCGGCGCAGCCGAACGUAGGCGAGCCUGCCGUCUGGCGCGCCAACUGUGGGCCGAGUCCGAAUCCCUGCAAAUAACCCUGGGCAGCCUGGCUGGGCGGAGGGGGGGUCCGGCUGAGCGAACCAGCGACCACGACAUCUGGAGAGAUUCCUCCUGGGAUGAGCUGGACAACUGCUGCGUGUCACUGAUGGCAGAGUUGAAGGAUGCAUGUUCCCGCCUGGAGGAAGGUGCGAGUAAUGAGGAACAUUUUGGCCAGUUGCUGCAGGACUGCCACCGCAAACUGACAUCCCUGCAGGACCGGACGUCGGCCUGUCGGGCCCCGAGAGACGGCUCAGCUGGACCGUCCACCGAUGUGCCAGCUCUGGAGGCGCUGCUACACGAAGUUACAGACUUGGAAAAAGACAUUCUGCAGCUCGAAGCGCUGAAGGACUCUAUCGCAGACACUUCGACAGCCGAGGCCCAGGCCAGCCUCUCCCGGCAAGUCGGCAACCUCCAGAGCCACAAGAGGGCACUAGAUGGCAGCAUCAGAGGCAACCUGGCGCCGCUCGCAGCAAACGGCAACCACCGGAGGGUUCGGCAAGUUAAGGAGGAGGUCUCCUGCGUUCAGGCGGCCGUGAGAGGCCUGGCCGACAAUGUUGGGAAUCUGUUUGUGAACCAUGAGGCGUUGGCUGACGUGAGCUUGAUCAAACAGCAGUGGUCUGCCAUACAGGACUUUGAUUGCAGGCUGACAGAUUUGGCCGCACGGGUUUACGGCCUGCAGAACAUUGGAGAGUCCGGCAUCACAGCAGAAAUGCUUCCUGCAGAUGUUCUUUCGACCGUUGAUGGAGUUGCAGAAGACUUUGACAGCCUCAGGUCAAUUUUUCUGCAAAACAAGCAGGAGUGUGAAGAAACCACUGCUUGUGUGGUGAGAGGGGUCAUCGGGCAGCUGCAGCGUUGGAGCCAAAUGACGGUACAAGCUGAACCGCCAUCGCCCAGCCAGGCAGCUCUGGAGGAAGGUCUGCAGCUUCAACAGUAUCUCCGAGAGGUGCUCUCAGACAAAGAUCAUCUUCUGAACUGUUUGGGCACAAAAGUGUCAAAGGAACUGGAGAAAGACGCUUCGGAUGCCCUCGGCGAAAGCGCACGUGCACCUGAGGCCUCGUCUAAAUGGCCGGUGAGUCGAGGUCACGGCGACGUGGAAUUGGACAAGAGAGAAACUGCUGGAGAAACUUUUGGAAGUGACACGUCGCAUUCAGCUUCACCGGAUGAGACGCCGGCCGUGUGUCCUCCAGAGCCUCCAGCCCUUUCAGCAACGGACCAGGACAACUUGGACAGUGUUCAGAAUGACAACGUGAUAACAAAAGGCUCCCGCUACACUCUAGACUGUGUUUCUGUGGAACGAGCAGACAUUUCAGUCGUAUGUGUUCCAAAUAGCUUGAUGCAAACGGCCAAAAAAGAUGCCGUAGUGUCUUAUCCAGUCCCAAAUCCAAAGAUCCCAGAUGUUUUAAAGUCAGAAACCCGACAGGAACCACGACGGUUAACAUCUGCUUCACCAAAAAUAGACUCGAUAACUGAUGUUAAGCCAAAUGAUGAUAUUGCCAACAUUAACACUCAUAGCAGCCAUCAAAACACUGGGCACAGGACAACUGCUGGCAAUGCCUCAGUCCUGGACUCAAAACCGUCCGCUUUGACGAUGGACAAUACCCAAAAAAUCAGUUCAUCUGCGUCUGGAUAUUUAACGGCACAAUCAAACGCAUCCAAGGGAGUUGCUGAUGCUCAAGGAGUACAGGAACGGUGUGAGAACACCAGUGUGACCCCAAAGAAGGUGUUUACAAUUGUGUUGGACUUGGAGCCACACAACAUGCAGGACAAUAAACAUGUUAGCACUUCAGAAAUCCCCAUGAACUCAAAGGGAGCCGAGAUGUGCGAUGCAAAGCUCACAGAAGGUGAAGUCAUGGGGAUCCCUGAGGAGAAAUCUGACCUGCUCACAACAUUAAUCUGUCCAGAAUCAGACAAAAUGGACUCCCAAAAUAUAGGAGCACAAUCUGAGACAUCGAAGGCAUUUAAUGAUGGUCAAGAGAAAGAGAAGGAUACCAAUGCGAGCCCAAACAAAGUGUUUACAAUAGUGCUGGAGUUGCCUGUGCACCAGGAUGUACAGCAAAGGGUAAAUGUAGAAGCCAGCAGAUGUUCACAGGGAGCAGAGCUGUGUGGUGCAAAGCCCGCGGCAGUUUCAAAAUCUGAUCUGCUCUCAACAUUAUUUGCUCCUGAAGCGGAUGACACGGACCUGAAAGGCCGUGAAUCGAACGCGUCUCGAGUGGCUGACUCGCCGUCAGAAGAUGCUGACCGUGUAAUCGCAGUGUCCUCCUCGGCUCAGACGAGUGCAGAGUGGCAGGAGGUACAAUCUCCGAGUGCCACAUUAUCAGAAACUCGUGAACCGAUGCCCAAUGUGCAGUCGCUCAGCGUCGCAGGGUGUCAGCUCGCCGGCGCUCGCGCAGCAGAAGCAACGUUUCUGAGCGUCAAAGAAGAGGCGACAGAUUCCCGUCACUCCGAGAAGCGAACGCUGAGCUCAGGCUUGUGCACUGCGGAAAGUCCAGUGCGAGCCGGAGACGCCUCUGCGAACCGUGACACUCGCACACCUGCCGGUGACAGCGAGCACGCGGUGGGCGCCGGCGCCGCAGGUGAAGGACGUGCAGAGUCGGCGGCAGGAGAAGCACGUGGCUCCGAAGGCCCGGAGUCCAACCGCUCAGAGGAGCCAGUCAGACGAGAGAACACUUCGCUGCUGAAAGAAGGAAGCGAAUCACAGUCGCCGGCGUCGCUGGAGCACACAGAGGUGACACAGGGACAGCCUCAGAUGCGAGAAGGCAUGGAGCCUGAGAGGACGGCGCCGGGUUCCUCAGCUGAUCUCGGUCUGGCUGCGGGGACGGCGGCGGCGACGGCGUCCCACAAGCAUGGAUCCACCAUGCAGGAUGUUUUGUCAGAGAUACAGAGCUUGGUGGAAAGAAGUAACAUAAUAAAUAGGACGCCGCACAUUGAUUUAAAUUGGUAUCUGAAGUCCUCGCCUGGCGAACAAGAGAUCCGAUUGGUGCGGACCGUCCAGUGGGUCUUAGCGUGUCGAUAUCAACCGGCGGAACUUGACGUCACAGCUAUGGCCCAACAGCUGGAGGAAGCAGAGGGUUACAGGUCAUGUGUGCAGGAGCAAGUGGCUACGAUGAAAAGCACGAGCGCCGCCAAGGAUUGCGACCCGAAUGCCUUGCGAAGAGCUGAAGGGCAGUGGAGGGCGGCACUGCUGGACGCCUCCGCCACAGUGCAAGUGAAAGCAGCGCAGCUGGAUCAGGUCAAACAGUAUCACAGACAGAUGAAGUUGACGAGAGCUUUUCUGGAGGUGUUGGCUGCCGAGAGGGAAAAAAUGAGCUUAAAUGCUUUGGGGAGUAGUGCCGUUCAAGCCGACAAACUUCAGGCCCUGCUGCAAACCAUGGAACAGAAGAAGAGCAUAAUGGAGGAGCUGCUCCACCUCAGCAGCCAGAUGUCAGUGCACUUGAGCUACGCCGAAAGCUCAGGUGCUCUUCUUGCCCAGCUCGGAGAUGUCCAGGAGCAAUGGAGGCUUUUAGAAGCAAGUAUCAAGAGGGCCCUGGAACACGCCGCAAACUCCACCUCUCAAUCCUCCGUUCUUGUAAAAGAGGCCGAACAGCUCAAAUCCAAGCUUGAAGAUCUUCAGAGUUCCGACUUUGAAAACAACGACAGCAAGAGCGAUUUAGAAUCUGUUUGUCUGACCACAGAUCUGAAACUGUAUCACCAGCUUUAUCUACACCUACAGUCCCAGUCAGAAGCUCUCGUACAUUUCUCUCUGGGUCAGAAGGAGAAGGACAAGGUCCAAAACCAUCUUCAGGAGUUGGGGUCACUGCUUGAUGUCACCAAGAAAAAGCUCCACGACUCCACGUGCGGCUGUGGAGACGUUUCUUCCGCCAAGAUCAACAAACAGUUGAAAGACUUGAUCGUGUGGGCCAAGCAGGCAGAAAACCACAUCUCCACGGGGAAAAAAUUAGCCCUUUUCCCCGAGGAGGCUCGUGUUCAAAUCGCUGACAUGAAGAAAUUUCAGACCGGCAUAUUGUCCCGACGGUCCAAGAUGCGGGUGCAAGUUGAGGGUAUGACGGGAGUAGCCUCUGAUAUGGAAAAGGAGGAAAGUGACCAAGUGCUGAAGACAAUAGAAGACCUCUAUGAAGCCAUUGCUGACAGCUUGGAUCACGUCCUCGACACCAUGAAGAAGCACUUGCAGAAGAGGGAGAAGCUCUUGUCCCAGCUUGCUAGCAUGGAUGCCUGGCUAGCGGAAUCGCACGCUACGAGAGACGCCUGUGCCCACGUGGAAAAUGUUUCCAAAGCUGACGUCCAAAAGCUGGAGAGCGAGCUGAGGAGUCACAAAUUGGCCGCUGCGGAGAUCCGGAGCCGGCUGAAACUGGCGGAGGCCAUGGCAGAAGGCUGCAAGGAUAUCACAGUGGGCUUGAGUCCGGGGGAGAGCCGCUACCUUGUCAACAGACUGUCGGGCCUUUGGACAGAGCUGGACGGACUGCUAGCUCACGAGAACGCGACCAGCUGGGAAUUAGAGGAGCUGAUUCAUGAGCGAACCUCUUCGGAUGAGGAACUGUCAAUCAUCCAGACUAGCCUGGAGAAGAUUUCCAUCGAUUUGGAGCAGCAGAGGUUCCCUUUGACUCAGGAGACCCUUUCAAUGGUUGCACAUUUGACGCACGUGCUGGUGGAGAAUCGGUGUCAAGCGCAAGAGCUUCAGCACUGCAAUGAGGCCAAGCGAAGUGCCCUGCUGCACACCAUUGGAGAACUGCAGGACAAGUGCAAAGCUCUGAGUCGCAGCGCCUUCGAGCAAGACAAAUAUCUGCACCUGAGGAGACAGAUGGAGGAAUCGAGGGACAUUGCCAAAGAGCAAAUCCGGCGGGCCAGAGAGAAAUUGGUCAGUGUCGGGGAGAGGUUCAGACUAUGCCAAACGCUCCUUGUUGAACUUCCUUUGGUGAAGACACAGUGUCAGGAAGCAGGGGACCAACUGGAGGCCCUAGCUCAGGAGCUGUAUCCAUCUCAGCUUCAUGCAGAGAGGCAGAGGAUCCGUCACACCGUGGAAACGUUGGUCUCCAUGGAAAAUUCUGUCACAGACGACAUCAUAAAUAUGGAGGCCAAACUUCUGCUAGGUCUGCGCUUUUCCUCGGAGCUUCCCGCGCUAAUGGAGCUUUUCCGAAGAACCAGAGCGGAGCUGGAGGGAGCCGAGCCGGUCGAUCCAGAUGAGAAAGCGAUAGAUGGUGCGUUGCGAAGAUACUGGGUCAUUUGGAGAAAUAUGAAGUCUGGCAUGAGGGUAGUGGAAGCUCUGGGACGGAAACAAAAAGUUAACCUGAAGGACUACGAGGAGCUUCACUCUCUUAGAGAUGCGGCCAUGCAAGAAUGUCAUUUAGGAAUGGAGAGUUUAUCCCAGGCUCGAGAAUCCUUAAAGGAUUACCAGUGGGCUGCUCAAGGAGCAAUAGCAUAUCUUCAUAAUGCCGAGGCCACCUUCUUGUCAGCUCUCGGAGGGUUCUUGGACUGUACCGAGGAACAAAGACAGACCCAGCAGGCUCUAGAAGCUCUAGAAGAGGGAUUUCAGGCUCAUAUCUCCCACCUUGUGGAACUGCUCCCACAGCAGCCCUGCCUCUCCCACCGAAAAGUCGAGGAGCUCCACAUCAGCAUUCUCAGCCAGUUGUUGGUGGGAAGAGCCGUCCUGGAGGCCCAGGCCCAGCUCCGACUGGAGUCCCUGCAGAGGUGUGCAGUAAGACAACAGAGCCACAGGAGCUGUCAUGAAGACGUACGGCAGCGUCUUUCUGGGUUUGAAGCCAGACUUUCGGAAUGUGCUGCCGUACAAGUGACGUCAUACGACAAAUGUGUUGCCCAACAAAAGAGAGCUCGGCUUCUGAUGGACGAUCUCUGCAGCCUCGCUGGGAAGAUUGAGGAUCUGAGGGCUGCGUGUCCGAUGCAGGGCUGCGGGGUGGGGAAAGACGGUGAGCUGGGCGCCCUCUGGCGGCGCUGGGUAGCAUUGCGACGUGGUGUGGGCCUCCUGAUGGCACACGUAGAACAGAGGCAAGAGGAAUGGAAGGACAUCACCACAAGUAUGCAGCAGUGUUGCAGUUUUUUGGCCAGUCUUCAGGCCGAGGUGCCCGACUCCUCCACCGUGAGCUUCGCCCAGGAGAUACCUCAGGAGCUUCUCGCCCAGGCCGAGAUACACCAGGCUGGUCUGGAGCAGGAGCAGCAGGACUUGGCCUCCCUGGAGCACCGACUGGAACACGCCCUGAGCUUGUCUAAUUCCCUGGAUCCCGUCAGUCCAGGGCCUGUCGGCAAAACGCUGGUGAAGAUCCAAGAGAACGUCAGGAGCUUAAAGGAGAGAAACCUGAUGAUCGUGGCUGCAGCCCAAGCAGAGGAGAAGGAGAGAGAGCAAGUCCUCGAGGAGAUAGAAGAGGUGGAGAAACACGUGUUCGCCAUUGUUCCCAAGCUGGAAGCCUGUUGGAAUCCAAGCCAAGGACAGGAACUCCGAAAGGCUUUGUCCUCGCAGAAGGCCAAGCUCGAGUGUAUCGUGGACGGCGUGCAGAGCCGGUAUGCGGAGAUUCCUGCUGAUAUCGGCAAACGGUUGCAAGAAGUUCAACAGAGGGUGGAGGAGCUCGUGAAGGGCAGCGACCCAGUUCGGAAGCUGGCCGGUCGAGUGGUGGAGCUGGGUUCUGGCCUCCAGAAAGUGACGGCGUUACUGGAACAGAAAAGUCCGACAGUCGGAGAAGCUCAAAAUGUGCUCAAGCGUGUUUGGGACGAGCUGGACACGUGGCACAGCCGCCUGAUGCUGCUGGAGAGCGAGAUGCAGGAUCUGGCCGAGGAGCAGCCGGAUCAGGCCCACGCCCUCAUGGACCACAUCGCACAGCCACUGCAGCUCCACCAAAACGCGUCGCAGAUGGCCGAGUACCGCACCGCCUUCCUCAGCAAGAUCCCCGCCUGUCUGCGGCAGUUUGAAGACAUCUCGUACAGCGCCACCUGCUGGCUGGACGAGGCCCAGUCAUGGCUCAGCGCUGCCUGCUCAUUCACAACGGCCAGAAGCCUCCAGAAUCACGCAAACUCCCUGCAGCUCGUCCUGGACGACUCUGCGCGGAUCAGGGACAUGCUGCAGGACUUCAGGCCGGUGCUGGCGGAGAUCUCCGCUGUGUGUGACGUCGGCACGCAGGAGAAGACGCUGGACCACAACGACCAACGAGUCCACCAAAUGCAACGCAACCUCCUGGAGCCGCUGGAGCAGCUCCUGCAGGCUGCUGUGGCGGUGGAGGCGAUGGAAGCCGAGGUGAAGACUAUGGAGAAGAAUGUUCCGAAGAUCAGGACGAUUUUAUCCUCCAUGGACGACACCAACAUAACUCUGGCGGAGCAUCUUCACAACCGAGAGGUGAUCCUGGCCAAUGUGCAGUCGAUCCGAACGACACUGGAGGAGAUGGAGAAGUGCAAAGGAGAGCUCCCCCUCCCGCAGGGAGCAGAGGAGAGCCUGCUGGUCUUCUCCCGGGCCAGGCUGCUCCUGCAGCCGCUGGAGGAGCUGGGAAAACUCACCCAGUAUCAAGCCUCGCUGCUGGAGAACAAGAUUGCGAUGGAAGAAGAAACCAGGAAGAAUCUUGGCAUCACCUCAGUCUCCAAUUUUGCUGAAGAGAUACAGCAGCAAGUCCAGCAGGAGCCUUGUGAAGUGUCUAAUUCAGAGGAAGAGGAGGAUGAGGAGGGCGAGAGUUGUCACUCGUCGUCCUCUGACACACUAACAUGCAGUAUUCCAGAGGACCCAGAGGAGAUGCUCGUCACUUCAGAUGUGGCAAGUGAGGAUGUUACUGACGUGAAGCCGCUUAAGGAACUGCAGAGUUCGGCUCAUCAGUUUUCUCCUGAAGCGGAGACGAGUUCAAAAUGUGCUGAAUCUGCACUUUUCUCUGCGGAGCCUGGGUCUGAUUCCAACCACUUUGCAUCUGAAAGUGACGAGACCGGAUUAAGAGCGAUGGACUCUGAAGCGGAUGUCGGCGACUCGUCCCGUCCCGAGACUCUGACGGCUGAGCGGCCAAUCACCGCGGUCACUCCAGCAGCCGGAGACAGAUGUGCCACUGCCGAUACGACGGACCGACAUGAAUCAGCAAAACAUGAAACGUUUGACGCCCUCGACCCUCGAACAAAGUCCCCUCAGGCCGCGGCUGCAGUUGAAGAAACAAGACUGGUCCCUGCAAGACCUGUAGCUCCGUUCACGUCCACUAGAGAAUCACUCGAGUCCAUACGGGAGGACGAGGACGAUCCGGCUUCGUCCACAGCUCCUCAUCGAGAUGUGGACACUCUUUCGAAGGAGCAUUGUGAAGCCGGGAGCGGUCAUGAUGGUUGGGACCAAUCCCAACAAGCCCAGGAGUCGUCCAAGGUGCCGUCCAGCUCGUCAGGACACGAGGGAGAUGAGAAGGAGCAGCAAAGGUGGAGUCGACUUUAUGCCCGGAUCUCCGAAAAGCUGACCGCUUUGAAAAGAGUGGAGGAGCUGCAUCGAACCUCGACUCGCUCGGAAGACGGAGGAGUCAUGGAGAAGGCUCCAGAAAAGCAGCUGAUAUCAACCGGAUCUGCUCCUGCUGUUCUCCAGAGGACACACGAGUCCAUCACCCUGCUGAGACGAAUAGUGAAGUCCGCGGACGGUUCUCAUCCGGGUGGGGGGGAGGGGACGUACGAGGCUCUGCGCAGCGUCCUCCUCUGUCUGGACGCUUGGACCGAUCGUCCUGACGGUGCGGGUGAAGACGAGCCGCAGCUGAGGCUGCUGCAGGAGGAGUGUGUAUCAACGGAGCUGACGACUGUGGCUGAGCUGUUGAAUAAAGUGCAGUCAGAGAGCGAGGAGGAAGCGGACGCGCGCCACUGUCUGGCCUGCCUGCGGGAUUGUCUCUGUACGGUCCAGCUGCUCUUCACCUCGUCCCACGAUCGGCUCGCUGAACGUCUGGGCCUCAGAAACCAACAUCAGUUCCACAACCAGCUGUGCAUUUUGGACGAGUUUGACCUGGGACAGCGUGAGACCUUCCCGAGUCUAAAGGACGCACCUAGUUGGGAGCGGCGUGUCCUGGGCAGACAUCUGAGGGAGAGUCCGGGGGAGAAAGCCAAGCUCCAGCGAGCAUCCCGGGCCUCGCUUCAGGGGAUAACUCACCUCCUGGAACUGGGCGAGGGAUGCAUAAAAGAGAGGCAGAUGAGCCAGGUUCACAGCCGCGGCCAACUUCAAGCCGCCCUCUGCAGACACAAGAAGCUCCUGCAGGUCCUCGGGUCUCAGUUGGCCUUUGUGCAGCAUCUAUUCCGACGCGAGGAGCCAGCAAUGCCCGAGAGUCAGGAGGAUGAGAGGUCGCGGCUGGAAGUCAGGGCCAAAGCUCUGCAGCAGCAGGCUCUGGGACGGGAAGCCGCCUCUCAGAGGAGGCUGCAGGAGUGGACCCUCUGGGAGGAUCGCUGCAGUCGGCUGGGCCGAGUGCUGGACGAGUCUGAAGCGCUCAUCAGCAGCGGGGAAGCGCAGGGAGACGCCGAUGAGGAGGAGGAGGUUGUUGUGCAGCGCAGACUGGAGGCCUGUCAGCGAACGCUGGUGCAGCUGGACGAGAGCCGAGCCGCCCUGGGACUGCUCCUGGAUCAGCGCGAGCUGCUGCAGACGGAGCCGGCGUUCGCCGCCGCCGUCGGCCAGACAGGAGGUGCUCUGGAGCUGCGAUGGAGGAGUGCCUCCAGGCGGACGGAGCAGGAGAUUCAGCGCUGCGGAGACAUCCAGGUCGCCCGGGCCAGAUUCCAGACGAACUCUGCCUCGGUCAGUAAUUGGCUGGUCGGUGCCAACAAACGCUUGGAGUCUUGGUCGGACCCGAACCGGGAGUGUGACCGCAGCAGUAUCAUCGAGCUGCUGGACUUCUCCAUGGAGACGGAGGCCAUGUCGGCGCAGCGGGCAUCCGUCUCCAGUGACGCCACUCGGCUGCUCCACCUGUGGGAAGCUGACCGUCCCGAGCUGAGAGCCCAGAUCGCUGAGCUGGAGGUCAACUGGAGCCGGCACACCUCCGAUCUGUCCAAGACACAAGAGCAGCUACACCAGCGGCUGCUGGCUGGUUGGCCCCCGGCGGAGCUGCUCUCUGACCUGGAGACGUGGCUGAAGAAGCAGGAGGCUUCGCUGGGCCGGGAGGAGGAGACGUUUCUCGAGGCCGAAGAUGCGGCUCAGAUCGCUGAAGUCCUGCAGCACUAUCGGGAGUUGAAGGCCGGCAUCGUCAGUGGGCAGCUCCUCGUGGAUUUCCUGUGCCAGUCCCGGCCCCAGGCGGCGGGAGCAGACGUCCUCGCGCUCCAGUCCGAACGUACGAUGUUUGCGGAGACGCUCGGCGACCUGAGGCUCCGGUGGCUGCACCUCCAGGGAGAGCUGGAGAGCCAGAUCCGCGGAGCCGAACAGACGCGUCGCACCUGUGCGGUCCGAGAGAGGCGGUUGCAGCAUCUUCGCGGUUGGAUAGCGCAGCAGAAAGAGCAGCUGAGUCGGUGGGAGCAGCCCGCCAGUCGAACCCGGGCUCGCGGGGCUCUGCGAGAGUGGGAGGCUGUCGUGGGCAGAGGGGAGGAGGUCGCCGCGGCUCUGCAGCGGCUGAAAGCCGCACAAGUGCACGCCGGAAGCGAAGAGGAGCGUCCUUGCGAUGUGGCCUUCUCGAGCCAGGCAGAGGGCGUCAGUCGGGCCUGUGAGGAUCUGAGUCAGCAGAUGGAGGCUCUGAGACCGGCUCUGCAACAGACUGUCGAGCAGUGGAGCCGUUUCCAUGGAGACCUGCGGGAGGUUUCUCUGCAGGCCAGCGAGCUGCGCUGUGCUCUGCAGCAUCAGCGAGCGCCUCUGUUCUCACUGGAGCAGGCAGAGGGAUACGUGGACCUUCUCCGGGAAAUCCAGGGGAAGGCUGAAAAAGGAGAAGAGCUUUGGGCAGCGGUGGAAAAGUCGUUCCCGAGUCUCGUGAAGACUCUUCAUUGUGGAGCAGCUCAGGCGAUGGGUGAACAAGUGGAGGCAGAGCAGAAACGGUGGAAGAACGCGACGCAGGAGCUUAAGGACGAGCGGGUGAAGGCCGGAGAGACCGUCUCCCUGUGGCAGGAGCACAGUCGUCUCUGUGAGAACUCCUCCCUUCACCUGCGACGUCUGUGGCUUCAGUGGGAGGAGCUGCUGAGCUCCUCGCGGUCACGUGACCGCGACACGCAGGCCUUGAUUCAAUCAGUGGAGAAGUUGCAGGAUGUUGCUGAGAACUUGCAAAGCGGCGUGAACGACGCGCUGGAGGCUUCCAAGCCUCUCAUUGGACGGCUAGCGCCACUGGCCGCCAAUUUAAUCCAAUCAGAGAUCAGACUCCUGUCGCGUGACCUCCUGCUGCUGACCCGGGCAAUGUCGGGGAAGAAGAAAAGUCUUCAGGAGGAUUUGGAGGACCAGAAACUAUUUCACACUUGUUUGCAGAGUCUCGAGAAGCAGACACAGAACAUAAAAGACAAACUGAAGGCCGGUUCAGAGGACCAAGACUCUGUGAAGGUUCUCUUGGAGCUCGGCGAUCUGUUUCCACCGCUGGUUGACGUCAGGGAGAUGAGCAGCUAUUUGACCCUCGACAACCGGGACGCGGAGCGACUGCGCGCGCUCAGCAGCGAGUGGGUCGAGGGCGUGACCCGCACAUCUGACAUGAACAGAGAGCUGCAGGCUGAGCGUCAGUCUCACCAGACCUUUCAGGAGAAGUGUGACAACCUGACGCAUUUAAAGGAGAAACUUGCUGAGGAAUCGAGAAAAGCUGAAAGUCCGUCCAGCCUCCAAGAGAUCCUGACUGUCCAACAGAGACUCCAGGCUGACAUGAUCACCGGACACCAGCUUCUGCAGGGUCUUCUCUGUGACGCAGUCACGUCCAUGGAAAAAGAAACCGGAGAGAAAAGGUCUGAGCUCGUGGCACGAGUGUCCAGUGUGAGGGAGGGCUGGUUCAGCGCCGUCGCUCUGGCCGGUCGGUGCAGGUCGGUGGCAAAAGAGCAGCUCAGGCAGCGGAGGAUCUACAACCACGGCCUGAAACUUCUGUGGAAGCUGCUGAGGGACGUCGGCCCUCUGCUGCCCCCUGCAGGCACCGCUCUUUGCACGCCGCAGCAGUUACGAAGCUGCGCGGAUGAUUACCAGUGUGUCCAAGGGGCUCUGGACCUGCACUCCGCCGUGUACCGCCAGACGCUGGAGGCGGGCCAGCGUUUGUGUGAGACCAUGAGAGAGUCCGAGUGGCGGAGUCGACUGCAGUCGGAGCUCCGCGCCAUCGGAGAGGCCUGGAAAGGAACCACCUCCCGGCUGGAGAGGAGAAGAGACCUGCAUCAUUCAGCUGUUCAGAAGUGGUCUCGGUGCCAGGACGGAAUAGCCAGCAUCGCGUGUGACCUGGACGAGGUGAAGACCCGGAUGCUCGAAAGACCAGAGGACUCGGAGAAGCUCAUCCAGGAGACAGAGCUCUCUCUGCAGCGUUUGGCCAGUGGACUGAGGGAACUGCGAACCAUGAAGACGGACCUGUCCCAGUACAUCACGGCCGGUGACUCGGCUCUGCUGGAGCAGCAGCUGGAACAACUCCACGGUCAAUGGGAAGAGCUGUGUAUGAAGGUGUCACUGCGCAAGCAGGAGAUCGCGGACCGCCUGAACGCCUGGACCAUCUUCAACGACAAGAACAGAGAGUUCUGCGAUUGGCUGGCUCAGAUGGAGAGCAAGGUGUGCCGCAGCGCCGACCUGAGCAUCGAGGAGAUGGUGGAGAAGCUGAAGAAGGACUGCAUGGAGGAGAUCAACCUGUUCAGUGAGAACAAGAGCCACCUGAAGCAGCUGGGGGAGCAGCUGCUGCUGGCCAGCGACGAGGCCAAGCAGACGCAGGUCGGCGGCUCGCUGCGGGAGGUCAACCAGCGCUGGCACAACCUCUUCCGCCACAUCGAGGCCAGGGUGAAGAAGCUGACGGAGACGCUGGUGACGGUGCAGCAGCUGGACAAGAACAUGAGCAACCUCCGCUCGUGGCUCUCGCGCAUCGAGGCCGAGCUGUCCAGACCGAUCACCUACAGCGUCUGUCACCACCAGGAGAUCCAGAGGAGGCUGGCCGAGCAGCAGGAGCUGCAGAGGGACAUUGAGCAGCACACGGAGGGCGUAGCGUCGGUGCUCGGCCUGUGCGACGUUCUGCUGCGCGAUGAAGACGCCGCCGGCGCCGCUGAGGCGGAGGGCGACUCCCUGCAGGAAACCAGCCGCAGCCUGGACCAGCGCUGGAGGACCAUCUGUAGCCUGGCUCUGGACAGGAGGCUCAGGAUCGAGGAGACGUGGAGACUUUGGUGCAAGUUCCUCGAGGACUACUCUCGCUUCGAGGAUUGGCUGAAGAUGGCCGAGCGCACCGCUGCCAACCCCAACUCCGCAGGCGUCCUUUACACUGCUGCCAAGGAGGAGCUCAAGAAGUUCGAGGGUUUCCAAAGGCAGGUUCACGAGCGACUCACUCAGCUGGAAAUAGUCAACAACCAGUAUCGCCGCCUGGCCCGGGAGAACCGCACCGACCGGGCCAGCCAGCUCAAAGUCAUGGUCCACGAGGGCAACCGCCGCUGGGACGUCCUGCACCGACGGGUGGCCGCCAUCCUCCGCCGGCUCAAGUACUUCACGAGCCAGCGGGAGGAGUUCGAGGGCACCAGGGAGAGCAUGCUGGUGUGGCUGACCGAGCUGGACCUGCAGCUCACCAACGUGGAGCACUUCUCCGAGAGCGACGUCCACCACAAGAUGCGGCAGCUCAACAGUUUCCAGAAGGAGAUCACGCUGAACACCGAGCGCAUCGACGGACUGAUCGUGUUUGGAGAGGGUCUGAUCCAGAGGAGCUCGCCGCAGGACGCGGCGCUGAUCGAGGACGAGCUGGAGGAGCUGCACGCCUACUGCCAGGAGGUUUUCAGCAGGCUGGUGCGCUUCCACCAGCGCCUCAGCCAGCCCCCGGUCAGAGAAGAACCGGAGCUCUCCGGCGCCACCUUCUCCCUGGAGUCGAGCUUGGAGCUGAUUGGCCGGCCCUGGCUGGGGCGGGGCAACUUCAGCCUCCCGGCCACGCCCACCCACCUCCUGGCCUCGCCGCUGGAGCGCUCGGGCCGCGAGACGCCGGUCAGCGUGGACUCCCUGCCGCUGGAGUGGGACCACACCGGAGACGUGGGGGCGUCGUCGUCGCACGAGGACGAGGAUGACGAGGAGGAGGAGGAGGAGGAGGAGGAGGAGGAGGAGGAAGAGCAGCAGGAGGGGGAGGAGGGAGUUUACUUCAGUGCACUGUCAGUUCCCAGCAGGUCUGUGGUCGUCCACGAGUCGCCGGUGUGGGACGCCGACACCCCGCCGCUCCUGCUGCCCCCGGGCGACCACACGGGGGCUGCGCCCCCCCUCACCAGCACGCCCCGGAAGAAGAGCUACCUGGGCCUCAUGUCCCAGUGCAGCGGCAGCAUCGAGGACAUUAAAAGAGUCUCGCUGAUCCUGGACGACGACGGGGAGCAGCGGCGGCAGCAGCAGGAGCUCGGCCUGACGGGACUGACGGCCUCAGACAAGCAGUCGGGUGUGAUCGAGCGCUGGGAGCUGCUCCAGGCUCAGGCCAGGAGCCCCCGGCCGGGCGGCCCCCAGGGGCCUGACCGGCUCCGCUCCGAGCUCGACGACCUCGCCUCCUGGUUGGCGAGCGUGAGCCCGGAGCUGGAGCGCCUGCAGCGGUCCAACCCGGCGGCGAGCGUCGCCGACAUGGAGGCCGGAGCCAGAGAGCUGAAGGAGAUGCAGAGGAUGUUCACGCAGCACAAGUCCACCAUGCUGUCGGUCAACCUGCGAGCGCCCGAGGCCCCGGAGCUGCAGCCCAGGCUGACGGGCGUGAACAGAGACUGGAGCAGAGUGUGUACGGGCCUGCAGCGGUGGGACGCCAGUCUGAGGAAGACUCUGCUGCGCUGCCGGGAGUUCCACGAAACCCUCCACUCGCUGUUGCUGUGGCUGGCCCACGCAGAGAGCCGCCGCUACGCGGUCGACAUCGGUCGCCGGGACACGCCCGUCCGGGCGCUGCAGCAGCACCGCAACACGCUCGCUGGUCUGCGGGAGGAGCUGCGGGGCAGGCAGGCCCAGCAGGCCUCGCUCCAGGCCCUGUGGUCUCAGCUCCGGCCCGAGGGCGGCGGGGACCACGGCGGCGAGGACGGGGACGACGGCGAGAGGAGCGACGAGGCCCAGGAGAAGCUCCACGUCACGGGCAGCAAGCUGAAGCUGCUCCUGAGGGACGUGGACCUGGACCUGAGCGGCUUGCAACAGCGACUGAACGGUGAACCCGCGUCAGACGUUCCCGACCAAAGUGUCUCGGCGGAUUGUUCUCGGGACGCCGCUCGCGCACGGACAGGUUCCUCUGUCGCAAGAGAGAAGCGGGAGUCGUCUCCGCCGCGCUCCUUCUUCCACAGAGUCCUGCGCGCCGCCUUCCCCCUCCACCUCCUGCUGCUGCUCGUCCUGCUGCUGCCCUGUCUGAUCCCGCUGACCGACGGCGACCCCGGCUGCUCCGUGGCCAACAACUUCGCCAGCUCCUUCUACCCCAUGUUGCACUACACCAACGGGCCCCCGCCCACCUGAUCACCGUAACACAGACACACUCACGACCAAACUUGUAUCAAUGAAUAUAAAGUCACGCACAUCAAUCUAUUUCCUCCCAAAGACCCUAAAUUGUCCGUCAAUGUCUGUUUUUUUUUAAGAUUUGAACUUCAGUCAUUUUAUUUAUUCCAGGGACAGAACCCAUUAGACGACAUUUCAUUAAGAGAAAAACUUGAGAUAUCGACAAAAAUGUCAAUAUUUCAGUUUGAUAAUGGAAAGAUCUUGGAGCCGUCCACAAAUUAUUUUAUGUUCAAAUUUACAUUUUAAAAAGUUUUUUACAUUUUUAUAUUCAGAUAUCACUGCUGUCGCGGUCUGAACUGUUCUUAUUUUAUGAAUUGUUCACAUUUCAUUUUGUCUGGACUUAACAAAAAAAAUUGAUUUUUUAAAAACAAAAGUUUAAAUUUGAUAGUUAAUUUAUAGCCAUUUUUACACACAUAUAUAUAUAUAUAUAUAUAUAUAUAUACACACAGUAUAUAUAUAUAUACACACAGUAUAUAGCAUAUUUUUAGAUGCUAUUUGUGUUGAGUAGAUGUGAGCAAACAUUUCCACGGCUCCUGGUGCACACUGUUAGAUUUAGCAGGAUGAUAUUUCAUGUACAUAAUGUAAUAAUAUAAUUCAUAUUUAUGACAUCGAGUGUGGAUUUAUGCUUAUGAUCUUUUGGAUUUUCUGGUAGUAAACACUGAGUUUGUCAUCUCCAUUUGCUCAAAGUAUUUUCCUUUCCUUAUUCCCCGUAAGUCCUGCAGUGACAGAAUGAACACAUACAGUGAAUACACCUUUAAAAAAAGAAAUUGUUGCUUUGACAGAAAAAAUAUAUACUUUCGUCUGAGACCUUUAAAUAUUAAACCAGAACAUAAAGCAACGGCGACAACAAAAAAGCAUGACACACUAAAGAGAGCACAUUUUUUUUAGAAGAUGACUUUAACUGCUUUGUUGUUGCAAAUGUUGCUCCGGACAUUUUUUCUGGAACUUUUCAAAAAUUUCCAGAAAAUGUCAGAGUGACCUCGUGUCAGAUGGUGUCGCCCCGCCCUCACCCUAAUGUUCCGGAAGUUUUCCUUCUGUGUACGAAGGCGUCCGAACUCUCCAGCUGCGUUCUUCACAAACUGUCCAGAUCCAAUCUUCCGGACAUUUGAAAACCGCUUUAAUGAAACUCUUUGUUCCAAAAAAAAAUCUAAUUCAAGCUUAAAUCUGUUGGACAUUAAAUUUUAUGCAAAGGCCUAAAAAAAGAAAAUACGGUUCUGUUCUUAAAUCCUUUGCAGUCAUAUGCCAGACAUGACAUUUUUUCUGCCUCACCUCAUUUUUUGGGGGCCUGUACUGUCUUCUGUGUGCAAAAUGGUAAAAUCAUCAGAAACUGGGGGAAGAAAGCCAAUGGUGUCAGUAAAUGUCUUGUCUGAUCAACAUUUAACCUCAAAAUAUUCCGUUUGUUGUAAUGUACAAUAAAAAAAGAGGUCAUUUAGGAGCUGGAACCAUCAA